AUGGGUCGUGUCAUUCGUGCUCAGAGAAAGGGCGCCGGUAGCGUCUUCAAGGCGCACACCGUUGGCCGCAAGGGUGCUGCUCAAUUCCGUGUUCAAGACUACUCCGAACGCCACGGUUACAUUCGUGGUCUCGUCAAGGAAAUCGUUCACGAUCCUGGACGUGGUGCUCCUCUUGCCAAGGUUGUCUUCCGUGAUCCCUACAAGUAUAAGCUCCGCACCGAGACUUUCAUUGCCACUGAAGGCAUGUACACUGGCCAGUUCGUGUACUGCGGUAAGAAGGCUUCGUUGAACGUCGGCAACGUCUUGCCCUUGGGCUCCAUGCCCGAAGGUACCGUUAUCUGCAACGUCGAAGAAAAGGCCGGUGACCGUGGUGCUCUCGCCCGUGCUUCUGGCAACUACGUCACCAUCAUUGGUCACGGCGAUGACGGCAAGACCCGUCUCCGCAUGCCCUCUGGCUCCAAGAAGAUCGUUCCCUCGACCUCGCGUGCUGCCAUUGGUGUCGUUGCUGGUGGUGGUCGUAUCGACAAGCCCCUCUUGAAGGCCGGUCGUGCUUACUUCCGUGCCAAGGCCAAGCGCAACAACUGGCCCCGUACUCGUGGUGUUGCCAUGAACCCCGUGGACCAUCCUCACGGUGGUGGUAACCAUCAGCACAUUGGUAAGGCCUCCACUAUCUCCCGCGCUGCCCCCGCUGGUCAAAAGGUUGGUCUUAUUGCUGCCCGCCGCACUGGUCUCCUCCGUGGUACCAAGAAGGUCAAGGAUCAAUAA